GCGUAUCGCGCUUUCUUCUUUUUGAGUGUGUAUUCAUUCUGGGCGGCUUUAUGUGUGUUUAGUAAACGUGACUGAGCGAACUUCGUGUUAUUUACUUUCUGCUGUUUGUGUUUUCGUUUACUGAUUUCCUGACUGCUUUUCAAAGCUACGGACAUUAGCUUGGCGUGAUAGCUUAAAGCAGACUGAAAGGAACGAAACUGAGCACCACUUAAAAUCAGAGCCACAGUUGAAUGAAGAACAGACUGUUUGUUUGAGUUCAUAGAGGGAAAAAAUCUGCUGAGAUUUUUUUAUGUCUGCUGUCCAGAUGUUAACUGUGUUGGAGAAGCAGCGGCAAAGUCCAGCAGAUGAGCCAGCAAACAGUUCAUCUGGGAAGUACUCACAACUUUAUGAUGUCCAGCAGCUGUCAGUGAUCAAAGAGGAGUUUUGUACUGAUCAGCAGAACUCAAGUCUGAGUCUGGACGAGGAGGACCUAAAGCUCCGUCACAUUAAAGAGGAACAAGAGGAGGCUGAUAUCAACAAGCUCACUUUCAGCCCUGUCACUUUGAAGAAUGAAGAAGAUGAAGAGAAACCUCAGCCCUCAGAGCUUAAUCACAGCCUGACUGAGGAGAACAAAGACUCAUUGGGAGAACCAGAUCCAAAUCAUUGCUUAGAAUCAGAUACUGAAGAUGAUAUUUCAGAGUCAUCAGAGACGGACAUCAGUGAAGGAAACUGGGAGGAAAGCACUGAACCUCAGUCAGAUGCAAACUCUGUGAGAAAAAAUAAAGAAUUAGCAAGUGAUAGGAGAGGCGAGAGUGGUAAAAAGUCACACAUCUGCACUGAAUGUGGUGAAACUUUCAGCCUCAGGGCAUAUUUGUUAAGACACCAGAGAAUCCACACAGGAGAAAAACCCUUCAGCUGCUCACUUUGUAAGGCUGCUUUUAUAUGGAAACAAGCCUUGGUGAAACACAUGAGAACACACAGUGAUGAGAAACCUUUCAGUUGCUCGGUCUGUGGUCAAAACUUCAGAAGAAAGGGAUGGGUAACUCAACACAUGAGAUGUCACACUGGAAGAAAACCAUACAGCUGCUCCGUCUGUAAUGAAGCAUUUAUUUGGAAGCGUGAUUUAGUGGAUCACACAAGAACCCACACAGGAGAGAAACCUUUCAGCUGCUCCAUCUGUAAGGCAUCUUAUACAAGUGAAAGGACUCUAGUGGAACACUUGAAAAUCCACAGAGGAGAGAAACCUUUCAGCUGUCCUUGCUGUGAGGCGGCUUUCAUAAGGAAAGAUAGUUUAAAGCGACAUUUGAGAACACACAGUGGAGAGAAACCUUUCACCUGCUCAGUUUGUGAUAGAAGUUUCAGUUGCAAUGUAAGUCUUCGUCGACACAUGAGGUGCCACACAGGAGAAAAACCUUACACCUGCUCUUUUUGUAAAGCUGCUUUUAAAUGGAAACAUGCUUUUGUGGAACACACUCGAAUCCACACAGGAGAAAAACCUUUUAGCUGCUCCAUGUGUGAGGCAGCUUUUAGAAGGAAACAGGAUUUAGUCAGCCAUUCAACGCUGCACAGUGAGGACAAGCUAAUCUGCCAUGUCUGUGGUCAAAGCUUCACUAAGUCCAUUCGGUUAACUCGCCACAUGAGAUUUCAUGAAGAUGAAAGGUCUUUCAGUUGCUCUGUCUGCACAGCAGCUUUUCAUAGGAAAUGUGCUUUAAUGCAGCACAUGAGAACCCACACGGAAGAAAGGCCUUUCAGCUGUUCUGUAUGUAAUGCAACUUUUAAAAGGAAGGACAGUUUAAAGCCACACAUGAGAAUCCACACAGGAGAAAAACCUUACAGUUGCAAUGGCUGCAACAAAAGAUUUACUCAGCUGUCCUGGGCCAAAGCACAUCAGCAGCGCUGUCCUGGCCUGGCAGCUGCAGGAAGGUAAGCUGAGCUAACUCCAGCUGUGUGGGAAUUGCUGCUACAAAUGGACACAAAGGCAAUAUUACAGGAACAAGUCAUUUUAUGACUGACCCUGGACGUUCUUUUGACUGAAUAUGAUGUUAAUAAUGCUUUAAAAGAGUUUGAUUGGAAGGCGAUGAGCCACUCCAUCCCUGAAUUAUAGCCAUUGACAGGGGAUAUAUUUAUUUUUUGUAUUGUAACAGGAUAAAAACAGUUCAAGCAGCAGAUGAGACUGUUAGAGGAUCAGUAUCAAAUAAUACAUGAGCAAGUCGAGGAUCUUUUUACAAGUUGUUGUAAAGCUUGCAUUAACUUUGAUACACUUUAUCUAAUUUUUAAUAUAAUUUAAUUUUUCACUUUUUUUUUAAACCAAAUUGAAGAAAAUAUUUCCAUAAUUUCACCAUACUACUUUCUACUAUAAUUCCACAAGCUGUACUAAGUAUGCAGCUACAGGAGGCCUGAAUGAGUAUUUUAAAUAAGAAGUAUGUUUUUUGAUGUCUUCAGACCUCUUAGAAAUUACACGUCUGAGUUAAUGAGUACAGUAACAGGAGGUUAAGUAUCCCAUUCUGUUGUAGGCUAAAUGUGAUGGGUUAAGAAAAAUGUGUGAUCAUGAAAAACAUAAUUUUGAUACAUUUAAAAAAAAACUCAGAUCUUUACAGCAACAGACGUUGCAUUCUGGUCACAACUAAACAAAACGCAUAGUGGAACAUUUUUAGAAGCUAUUAGCUUAAUUGGCAACAUGCUGGAAACUUUUUGAGAUAUAAUAAGUGAAUCCCAGAGAGGCUGAAUCCUUUGAAAGGAAAGAGAUAGUCACAAAUGAAUGAAAGUGAAGACAAAUUGUUGAAAACAACAGAUUGUUGGUUAUUUUAAGGUUGUAAGGCUGCUCUGUUUGAAGACGAAAUGCUUUAACUUUGCUUCACUUGUGGCGAUAUAGAGGCUUGAUGUGUAAAGCCUUAGGUGGAGAACAUGCUUGUCUUUUAACCUAACACAUUUGAGCAUAAUUAUACUUGCUUGUGUAUUAAGCUUGUUACCAAAUGAUUCGACUACGGAGAACUCAGACAAGAUGGAGUCCAAAUUUGAGGGAUGUAAAUUGAAAAUAUAUUAGCUUAUAUGUUGUGAUUGUUUACUUUUCAUUUAGGCAACUGCAUGUCAUAAAAUGAAGAAUGUGUAGGUAAAUGAAUGCUAUAGUUACAGCAGAAAUCCAGUGUGGGUUAGGUUGGUUUGUCGAAACAAGUAAAUGGCAGUUUUUUAAGCUGAUGUAAAAGAAUUUGCUCCUCUGGGAUUCACCUUGUGUGUGUUUGUGUGUGCAUUUAACACAUUACACAAAUUUUAAGCCCUUGUGCUGCAUCAAAGUCAUAUUCUUUAAAGCAUGACAUUUCUUAGUUUCAAAGUGUUACCGUUUUAAAUGUGUAAGUUUUAAAUAAAUAUGAAAUGAGUCAUUGUGAGGUUGCAGUUACCUGUUAUUUUAUGCAAUACUUAAAUUCUGUUUACCUUUUAAUAUUAUUUUUGUCACCAACAAUUCCUUAUAUCAGAUCUUUUAAUCUUUCUAACAAACAUUCCUCUUAAUAUUUUUGGUAUGAAGAAUUCUGUUUAAAAGGAAUUUGUGAAUCUUAAGAUAUUUAUCUUAAUCUCCUCAUUAGACACAUUUUUUUCUAUACAGUUAUUUUAACAUUGUCAUAAAGCUGUAUUAGCCCUUUAAAUGUAAACAGCACAAGCAUUCUUACAAAUUAUGUAUGUAUAAUAUUACAUUACACAUGUAUUAUUACAAAUGUGUAAUUAAAUAUGCCUUAAAAUCUUUUAACA